AGCCCAAAACUUCACUCUUAAAUUUAUCAGCCGCCGGCGAAUUCUCACUUCGCACCUCUGGCGAUUUGUUCGGCUUAUCACACUGCAAAAAUGAGGUAAUCCUCUUGUUCUGUUUCAGUUGAAUACAAGUAUCUUCAAAAGAAGCAGCACCAGAUUCUUGCUUUCAUUAAGUUCAACUCAGUUUUCUCCUCGCUUUAUACAUCUUUAGUUUGGAUUCCAUUUUAAAUAACAUGAGCUUGUACUUGCUUAGAAGAAGAAAAUUUUUAAUCUUAUUCAACAAUGCUAUUGCUCCACAACAAUUUUGUGCAAAACCCUCUUCAGUAUCGUUGUUAAUCAAAACCCCAAUAGACCCAUGUCCCCAAAACCCUCAAUUUGAUGGCUCUUUUAGGGUUUUACCAUUUGGUUUUUCAUUUUCAACACAGUCCUCUAAGUUCCCCGAGUAUGAGAUGCCUUCGGUCACUUGGGGUGUGGUCCAAGGCAAGAGAGAGAAGCUGGUUAAUCGUGUUAUAAUAUGUGAUUACCUUAAGUCUUUGGGGAUAAUUCCUGAUGAAUUGGAAAACCUAGAACUGCCGUCAACAGUUGAGGUGAUGAAGGAGCGUGUUGAGUUCUUGCAGAAGUUGGGAUUAACCAUUGAUGAUUUUAAUGAGUACCCUUUAAUCCUAGGAUGCAGUGUGCGGAAAAACAUGAUACCUGUGUUUGGGUACUUGGAAAAGAUUGGCAUUAGUAGGUCUAAACUAGGGGAGUUUGUUAAGAACUAUCCACAAGUGUUGCAUGCAAGUGUUGUUGUUGAGCUUAUGCCAGUUGUUAAAUUUCUUCGUGGGCUAGAUGUGGAGAAACAGGAUAUUGGGUAUGUUCUGCAAAAAUAUCCUGAGCUUCUUGGCUUUAAGCUUGAAGGAACAAUGAGUACUUCUGUGGCUUAUCUUGUAAGCAUUGGCGUUAAUCCUAGAGAUAUUGGACCAAUGGUGACACAAUUUCCAUACUUUCUAGGGAUGAGAGUAGGGACUACAAUUAAGCCACUUGUUGAUUAUUUGGUUGCUUUGGGUUUGCCGAAGAAAAUAGUGGCUAGGAUGCUGGAGAAGCGGACUUAUGUUCUUGGAUAUGAUCUUGAAGAGACUGUUAAGCCAAAUGCGGAUUGUUUAAUUAGUUUUGGCAUAAGAAGGGAAUCACUACCUUCAGUUAUAGCACAGUAUCCACAGAUUCUUGGGUUGCCUUUAAAGGCUAAGCUAUCUUCACAGCAGUAUUUCUUCAACUUGAAGCUCAAGAUUGAUCCUGAUGGGUUUGCACAAGUGAUAGAAAAGAUGCCACAGAUUGCUAGCCUUAACCAACAUGUGAUUAUGAAACCAGUACAGUUUCUUUUGGGGCGAGGAAUCCCAUCUGAGGAUGUAGCAAAGAUGGUUGUAAAAUGUCCGCAGUUAGUUGCAUUGCGAGUACCACUCAUGAAGAACAGCUAUUACUUUUUCAAGAGUGAAAUGGGGAGGCCUUUGAAUGAACUUGUGGAUUUUCCUGAAUAUUUUACAUAUAGCCUGGAAUCCAGAAUCAAGCCAAGAUACCAGAGGCUGCAAAGCAAGGGGCUCAGGUGUUCAAUGAAUUGGUUCCUCAACUGUAGUGACCAGAGAUUUGAGGAAAGAUUGCAAGGUGAUUAUAUUGAUUCAGAAAAUCAGGGUCCAUCAUUCUGUAUGGGUGGGAAGUUAGAACUACCAGGCUUUGAGGUUGUGUCAGAUGAGGAAGAUGAGAGUGAUGAUGAAGUACUUUACAGGCGAACUGUUUCUCUUUAAUAAUUCUUUAGUUACAUCAAUGAAUAUUUACACUCCUAACAUGAUUAUCAAAUAUAUUAACCCUUCCAUAUUA